UUGACGUUUAUUCCGUUAAAACACUCUGCUUACAAACCCAGUUUUGGCGCCAAUUUCAUGGACACCAAAGAAAUUCUUUCUUCCUCAAGAAUUCACCCCCAUUCUCAAAACAUGAAAUUGGAAUUGAAUCCAGACACCCAAUUAACCGAUUGGAAACUGCAAUCAGAUUGGUACUCUCCAACUCGCCUCCACAACAGCCCGGUCGAAUACGAUUUUCCGGGCGAUCGGUUCAUACCCAACAGGAGUUUGAUGGAUCUUGAUCAAGCAUGCACCCUGUUGACCAGCAAAACCAAUUAUCCCAAUAAAUGCAAUUUCAGUGCAGAAUACAGAAGAAUAAUGGAGGGAAAUUUGACUUUGGAUAGUGAAGGAAGACCAUUUAGAAUGCUUGUUUUUAGAGGAAGCCCGAAAUCAAGUAGAAAAUCGAUUCGAUAUGUUGAUGAAAUUCGUCGUAGCGAUGAAGACAAUUUCAAAAACAAGAAUCGCAUUAACCAACAACGAAAAUUACCCAAGAAAGAAACCAAAAUACUGGAUGCACCUUUCAUUCAGGACGAUUUCUACACGAACGUAAUGGAUUGGGGGAAGAACAACAUUCUCGCCGUUGCAUUGGGACAAGAAUUGUACCUUUGGAACCCGGUGAAUGAAGACACACAUCGUCUACUUAGAACCGAGAAUUUAAAUGACCCUCCGUCCAGUCUUUCAUGGUCUCACGAUGGCAAAACACUCGCGGUUGGUCUUUCACAAUCACAUAUUCAGCUUUUCGACGCGCAAACCAGCAAACUUAUAAACCGACUAGAAGGUCAUCAUGUAGGUGCAACUUCAUGGAAUGGCCACAUUUUAACAUCAGGCAGUGGCAAAGCCAUUUUGAACCAUGAUGUGAGGGUUAGAAACAGUUUGGUGUCGCGUUUAAAGGCGCACAGGAGCAAAGUUUGCGGUUUGAAAUGGUCGAUUACGGGUAACUUAUUGGCAAGUGGCGGUGAUGAUAAUGUUGUGUACAUAUGGGAGGCGUCAAGGAUGAACUCAGCGCAGUUCGUGUACCGGUUCACAAACCAUGUGGCGGCAGUCAAGGCGCUAGCAUGGUGCCCUUAUAACUUUGAAGUGUUGGCCUCUGGUGGCGGCACCAAUGACGGGUGCAUAAAGUUAUGGGACACCCAACAAGGAACUUGUAUCAAUAGUGUCAACACAGAAGCACAGAUUUGUGCAUUGGAAUGGAACAAACAUUAUAAGGAGCUAGUUAGUGCACAUGGGUAUAGUGCACGCGAUGAACGUAGAAACAAUCUGUCUCUAUGGAGGUACCCAUCAAUGGUUAAAUCCGGUGAUUUAACUAGCCACUCGGGGAGAGUAUUGCAGCUGGCUCAGAACCCGGAUGGGUUGACGUUGGUUUCUGCUAGUGCCGAUGAAACGCUUAGGUUUUGGGAAAUAUUUGGGCCGGUACCACUGUCGAAGAGACCAUAUAGUAGUGUAUUGUCGUUAAAUGGAUCGUCUAUAAGGUGAUCGAUGCACGUUAUAGAUAACGACUCGUUGUUAAUAAUAUACGGGCCAAUUUUUUGAACAAA